AUGAUGAAAAAAGACGGCUUAGUCUUGGCGCUGAGCGAUCAGGUUUUGUCUGGCCUGAAGGCGCCCUCGGGCCAUGCCGCCAAUGCCCCUUCCGCGCAGCAGCAGCACCACCAGCCGCCGCCGCCAGGGGAAAACCAGACGCUUCUGACUUCCCCGGAUCUGGGCCUUCUUAAGUUGGCCUCACCGGAGCUGGAGCGCCUGAUCAUCCAGUCGAACGGCUUGGUGACGACGACGCCGACCAGCGGCGGCACCCAGUUCCACUUUCCCAAAGGCGGCGGCGGAGGCAGCGCCCCCGACGAGCAGGAGUUUGCUGCGGGCUUCGUGAAAGCCUUGGAGGACCUGCACAACCAGAACCAGCUGGGGGGCGCGGGCCCGAUCGGCGGGGAGCUGCCGCCAGCAGCCAGCCUGGCCCAGCAGCAGCAGCAGCAGCAGCAGCAGCCCCCCCUGCCGCCGCCGUCCACCGAGCCUCCGGUGUACGCCAACCUAAGCACGUUCUCCGGCGCAGCCAGCUUUUCGUCCGAGGGAGCUUACCAGGCGCACCCUCGGCUGCAGCCGCCCCCCUCGCUCAAGGACGAGCCUCAGAUCGUGCCGGAGGUGGCGAGCUUCGGCGACAGCCCGCCGCUGUCGCCCAUCGACAUGGACACGCAGGAGCGCAUCAAGGCCGAGCGCAAGCGGCUGCGCAACCGCAUCGCGGCCUCCAAGUGUCGGCGGCGGAAGCUGGAGCGCAUCUCCCGCCUGGAAGAAAAAGUCAAGAGCCUCAAGAACCAGAACACCGAACUGGCCUCGACGGCCAACCUCCUCCGGGAGCAGGUGGCGCAGCUCAAGCAGAAAGUGCUCAGCCACGUCAACAGCGGCUGCCAGCUCCUACCGCAGCAGCAGCAGCAGCCGCCCCACCAGGUUCCGGCCUACUGA